AUGCUCAGAACAACGACUUCCCCAAUCUUCUCGUCCUUUACAAGUAAACCCAGAACCUCGAGGUUAAUUUUCAAAGCUUUCAACGUCAUUCUUGAAGACACUCCACCAAGUGCUCGACGAAAUGCCUCAACCAAUUUAACAACCUUACACCAAGGCCCUCCAACUUCAGCCUACGUUCAUCUCCCCUUCUGCCGCAAACGCUGCCACUACUGCGACUUCCCCAUCUUAGCUCUAGGCUCCUCUGUUUCUAACGCUCCCUACGAGGAAAAACAAGAAGACGACCCACGUAUCACAAACUACGUGAACUUACUCGUCAGAGAAAUAAACGCGACAAGAACAUGUUUUGACACAAACCCAAAUCUAAAGACAGUGUUUUUCGGUGGAGGCACACCUUCUCUCGUCCCUCCAAAGCUUGUGUCCUUGGUUCUCGAAACGUUGAGUUCACGUUUCGGGUUGUGUCCUGACGCUGAGAUAUCAAUGGAGAUGGAUCCUGGAACGUUUGGUGGGGAGAAGCUGAAGGAGUUGAUGGAUUUGGGAGUGAAUAGAGUGUCUUUAGGUGUUCAAGCGUUUCAAGAAGAGCUUUUGAAAGCUUGUGGUAGAGCUCACGGUGUCACUGAAGUGUAUGAGGCGAUAGAGAUUGUUAGGGCAUGUGGAGUUGAGAAUUGGAGUAUGGAUCUUAUAUCUUCUUUGCCUCACCAGACGUUGGAGAUGUGGGAAGAGAGUUUGAGAUUGGCUAUUGAAUCUCAGCCUAGUCAUGUCUCUGUGUAUGAUUUGCAAGUGGAGCAAGGCACUAAGUUUGGAAAUGUGUACACUCCCGGGAAGUCUCCUCUGCCUUCAGAAACACAAUCAGCAGAGUUUUACAAAACAGCGUCAUCAAUGCUCCGUGGUGCAGGUUAUGAGCAUUAUGAAGUCAGCAGCUACUCGAAAGACGAAGGGUUCAAGUGCAAACACAACUUGAUAUACUGGGGGAACAAGCCCUUCUAUGCAUUUGGUUUAGGUUCAGCCAGUUACGUUGGAGGGUUAAGGUUUUCAAGGCCAAGGAGGCUUAAGGAAUACACAAACUACGUGGCCGACUUGGAGAACGGCGCAGCAAACUGGUGUGGAGAUGGUAAUGUUGAUCUCAAGGAUGUGGCGACAGACAUUAUAAUGCUGUCUUUCAGAACAUCUAAAGGGCUUGAAGUUAAGGAGUUUGGAGAGGCUUUUGGGAGAAAGGUAGUGAAUUCGAUUUGUAAGGUUUAUGAGCCUUAUGUGGAGAGUGGGCAUAUUGUUUGUUUGGAUGAUAUGAGAAGAGAAGUGAUGAGUGAUGAAUUCAAAAAGUUAGUUGGUGAUGAUGAAGUGAAGAUUGAAGAUCAUGUUAGGUACCUUAGGCUGAGAGAUCCAGAUGGUUUUCUACUCUCUAAUGAGUUGAUAUCUUUAGCGUUUGGUGUCAUAUCUCCAUAAAUUUGUUAAAGUUACUAACACUGUAAGGUUGUCUUGUACAUCCUUAGUAACACAGAUUGAUCUAUGCUAUCUUCUCGAAUGUCGAGAGUGAUCUCGACGUAGUCCUCACUAUCGUCUGAACCAGUGGCUUCACAUCGGGAGGUUAUAUCUUCUUCGGACCAAGAUUCCAUUUCCUGCUCCAUUUUCUCUUGCUUGCCUUCCAUUUGCUAACAACUACAUUAUAACACUCUUCUUGUUUUUUAUAAAGGAC